AUGGAUUCAUCAGAACAAACAACAAUUAGAAGUGAGCAGAAAUCCAGAAAAUUCUUAAAAAGUCUAAUAAGAAAGCAGCCUCAGGACCUUCUUCUUGUGAUUGGAACUGGGGUAAGCGCUGCAGUAGCCCCAGGAAUCCCAGCGCUGUGCUCCUGGAGAAGCUGCAUUGAGGCUGUAAUUGAAGCAGCUGAAGAACUGGAGGUGCUUCAUCCAGGAGAUAUUGCUGAAUUUCGUAAAAAAGUAACCAAAGAUAGAGACCUGCUUGUGGUUGCACAUGAUCUCAUCAGGAAAAUGUCACCACGUACUGGGGAUACGAAGCCCAACUUCUUCCAGGAUUGCUUGAUGGAGGUGUUUGAUAAUUUAGAACAACACAUUCAGAAUCCUGCUGUUCUGCAAUCAAUCCUGAGACUCAUGGAGAGAGGCACGAUGGUUCUGACUACAAACUAUGAUAAUUUACUUGAAAUAUUUGGUCAGCAACAGGGUAAACCUAUGGAAUCUUUAGACUUGAAAGAUAAGGAUAAGGUUCUCCAGUGGGCAAGAGGCCAUAUAAAAUAUGGAGUUCUUCAUAUUCAUGGCUUAUAUACAGAUCCCUGUGGAAUGGUGCUAGAUCCCUCGGGAUAUAAAGAUGUUACUCAAGAUCCUGAAGUCAUGGAAGUUCUUCAAAAUUUGUAUCGAACCAAGUCUUUUCUGUUUUUGGGCUGCGGAGAGACUCUGCGUGAUCAGAUAUUCCAAGCUCUAUUUCUUUAUACUGUAAAAAAUAAAGCAGAUUUGGAACAUUAUAUGUUGGUGCUUAAAGAAAAUGAAGACCACUUUUUUAAGCUCCAGGCAGAUAUGCUGCUGCACGGAAUAAAGGUCGUGUCCUACGGGGACUGCUUUAAACAAUUCCCGGAGUACGUACAAGAUCUGACUGCUCAAAUCUGCAAGCAGAGAAGUCCAGAUGCAGAUCGGGUGGACAGCACAACACUGUUGGGAACUUCAUGCGUGGACUGUGCUAAAAGGAAGUUAGGAGAAAAUGGCACUGACUCUCCUAAGAGAACCAAGCAGUCAGACAAUGGUAUACCCACUAUUUAAUGCAAAAAACCCUAAAACCCACCCCAGAAGCUUUUUAACAGUAUCUGUUUUACGUCUGCUGCAUGGAAAGUUUUGAGCUGAGUAUUUCCGUGGUUUUCAGUGGAAUAAAAAUUGUGCAU